AAGCUGUCAUGAAAGACUACAGAAACCAGAAAAGUCUUGGACGAUGACAAUUUUAAGUGAAACAGAGGCUCUAAAUGAUGACUCGAUUAUUCAAGUAGUUGUUGAUUCAUUUGGUAAUCGAUUAGUUGUCGAUUAGUCGACAGAUUUUUUUUUUUAACAUUGUGUGCCACUGGGACAUCUGACGCCUGCUCAAUAAUUUGCAAUCAGUGUGAGCUGCCGUCAUCUGAAGGGAGGGAGAGUGUGUGUGUGUGUGUGUGUGUGUGUGUGUGUGUACACGCCACAUCGCCGGGGAGAGCCUCCAUCCACACAUUUGCCUGUGCGCAAUGGCAGCGAGCGCACCGGGCAGCCCCCAGUCGCUGCGCUACAGACAAACGGGUGCGAGGACCAGACAAGUUUAAACUCCGCACGGAUGCUGUUUUCUUCUCCUCCAUGGGAUCUCAUGAUUUCUCGACACACUAAGAGGUCUGCCAAACGUGUCAACCCCCCCAUGUCGGCGGGACAUGGCGAUGCUUAGCGAAGCAGAGCAGCCAUGGUGGAACGUGUCGGACGAGCGCAACGGCAGCGGCGAGGCAUCGGAGACGGAAAACGGCAACGGUGGGCGCAACUACUACGCUAUGCUCUACUCUCUCCUCAUCCUGGCCAUCGUGUUCGGCAAUGUGCUGGUGUGCUUGGCCGUGCUGAGGGAGCGCUCGCUGCAGACCACAACCAACUAUCUGGUGGUCAGCCUGGCCGUGGCCGACCUGCUAGUAGCCUCGCUCGUCAUGCCCUGGGCAGUCUACCUGGAGGUGGUGGGCGGUGCCUGGCUUUUCAGCCGCCUCUACUGUAACGUCUUCGUCACGCUGGAUGUGAUGAUGUGCACCGCCAGCAUCCUCAACCUGUGCGCCAUCAGCAUCGACAGGUACACGGCGGUGGUGAUGCCCGUGUUGUAUAACACGACGCACCGCUCUCGCAAGAGAGUGUUCGUAAUGAUCGCCACCGUGUGGGUCCUGGCCUUUGCCGUGUCCUGCCCCUUGCUGUUUGGUUUCAACACCACAGACGACCCCAUGGUGUGCUCCAUCUCCAACCCUGACUUUGUGGUGUACUCGUCAGUGGUGUCGUUCUACCUGCCCUUCAUGGUCACGUUGCUGGUCUACAUCCGCAUCUAUGUCUUCCUUCGCAUGAGGAGGAAGAGGAUCACCUUCAGCCAAGCCAGCGGCAAAGUGCAGCCCGGCUCCACGCCGCCCUCUGUGGAGACGUGUCUACGGGACGACGCGGCCAAGACGAACCACGACCUGUCACCUAUAAGGAUCAAAGUGCAGUGCGUGGAGCCAUCAGGCCCGUCCAAGUCCGACCUGCUGUCAGGAUGUCUGUGGCGCAAACGGCCCAAAACAGGACCCGUGGAGAACUCGGCGCUGCCCAGGGUGGACUCGCAGAACUACUGCAGCAUAAGCCACGCCUCCUGCGGCCGCACAGAGUUGGACGCGGAGCGCGAGGAGGUGGCGCCGGGGUCCGGGAACAGUGUGGCAAAGGCAGCGGAAAACGACCGGCGAGCGGCGCCGUCGGUGGGCGCCAGCUGCGAGGUGAAGGAUCUUUCCAACGGACGAACGCACACCAUGCUCAGGCCGCUCAACACCAACAAUCCCCGAUUCAGAAGCAUGCACGCCCGCGAGAAGAAAGCCACCCAGAUGCUGGCCAUCGUGCUCGGGGUGUUCCUCAUUUGCUGGCUUCCCUUCUUUGUCACGCACAUCUUGAACACGCACUGCAGGACAUGCACGGUCCCACCUGGCCUCUACAGCGCCUUCACCUGGCUGGGCUACGUCAACAGCGCCCUCAACCCCAUCAUAUACACCACCUUCAACGUGGAGUUCCGCAGGGCCUUCAUCAAGAUCCUCAGCUGUUGAGAGACAAAUAAAAUAAAUAUAACAGAAGAAAACAUGGACAACAGUAUUUUCUUUCUGGAAAAAGGACAGCGGCACGGAUCGGGACACGUUUUUGUGGACGUCUUUGUGCCGGCGUUGUGUUGUUUUUUUUCUUUUGCACUUUGUGGACUAACUUGUGUCAUACACAUAAACACUCCAGUCUUACCGUGCAUGCAAACGUGCAAAAUCGUUGGAAUAUAACAUGCGGAGGAUGUUUGGAUUUUUUGUUUUUGUUUUUGUACAAAGCGUUGUAUAUUCGGUUUGUUGGCAAACGUCCAUGUGGGAUAGCGACACUACCCACGCGGCAAUCUGCAAAACACAACUAUGGGGUCCAUUGAGUGCUGUAAAUAAAGACAUCAUUCCACAGU